UACAAUAUCCCUCCAUUGCAAUGCUUAUAUAUCAGAAGACCCAUCAAACCGCACGUGCUAAUUAAGACGGAAGGGACACCAGCUCGGGUUAAUAACGAACCCCGCUAGACGUCCUUCACCAGGUAGCGGAGAAACAUGGCACUGAAGGAACCCGCAUUGCAUCAUUGACACCAGGUACCUCGCAGCCGACUCUGCUCAAGCCCGGCGUGAAAAAGACUAGAGCCAGUAGCAGCUUUAUUCACAGAACAGCAAUGUUUUGCUUAAAUGGACGGACACAAUCACACACUCAAACUAGGACCCGUAGCCCUGCUAUAGAUCCCGGGCAUCCGUACCAGUUUCUAUCUGAUGACAUGCGCUACGACGCUGAUAAACGCAUCAGUGCUUAGAAGUUUGAGCCCCUGUGUACGGUGUGGGUGCACGCAGCUAUUCGUAACGACCAAUCAAGGCACCAGCAACAGGCCCCCGGUUUUUACAUUUACCAGAGGUGGGCAAGAGUGAAUGAGACAGAAGAUUGGAGCGGACUGCCUCGCGGAUGGAAGACUACUGAUCAAGGGUGGAAAGUAAGCUUUGAAGUUGGAGUUUAUGCGUGGAACCCGCGGAGAUAUUCCUGUUUUAUAUUCUCUCUGUUAUAAAAAGGAUGGAGGAGCGCAGCUGACGGCUAGGGACCGUAGCCUGGAAGGGGAGAUACAUACCGGAGGAAGCGAAUUGCCGGAAGAGGGAAAUAUGUAUGGGCGCUACACACAGGAGCUUGGUGUGUAUGCCAAGGAGGAGGCAGCUCGUCUGCGUGACGGAGGGGGGCUGCGGAGGUCCGCCAACGCUCGCAGCCGCUCGGCGGAGCUGCUGGAGUACGAGAAAGACCCCUGCGCCAAGUGUCACGUAUGUACAUCUCGCUGUCAGAAGUUCCUCAUCUCUCGUGUGGGCGAGGACUGGAUCUUCCUCAUCCUCCUGGGCCUGGUCAUGGCUCUGGUCAGCUGGGUGAUGGACUACGCUAUUGCCUUUUGUCAACAAGCUCAGAAGUGGAUGUAUGGAGGUCUGGACAGUAACAUGCUGCUGCAGUACCUGGCUUGGGUUACCUACCCUGUGGUGCUCAUCACUUUCUCAGCAGGAUUCACCCAGAUUCUGGCCCCACAGGCUGUGGGUUCAGGGAUCCCAGAGAUGAAGACCAUUCUGAGAGGUGUGGUGUUGAAGGAGUAUCUCACAUUUAAAACAUUUGUGGCCAAAGUCAUCGGGCUGACCUGUGCUCUGGGAAGUGGCAUGCCGCUUGGAAAGGAGGGCCCGUUUGUUCAUGUUGCGAGUUUAUGUGCAGCACUCCUGAGUAAAUUCAUGGCUGCCUUGUUUGGCGGGAUUUACAUGCUUAAGGAAGAGCCCUUUGAGGGGAACAAGAAUGAGCUGAGGAACACAGAGAUGCUAUCAGCAGCGUGUGCUGUGGGGGUGGGCUGUUGUUUUGCAGCUCCUAUUGGAGGUGUGCUCUUCAGCAUUGAAGUAACAUCAACAUUCUUUGCUGUGAGGAACUACUGGAGGGGCUUCUUUGCUGCCACUUUUAGCGCCUUUAUCUUCCGGGUGCUGGCUGUGUGGAACCAGGAUGAAGAGACAAUCACGGCUCUAUUUAAGACACGUUUUCGUCUGGACUUCCCCUUUGACCUCCAGGAGUUGCCAGCCUUUGCCAUCCUGGGAAUUGCUUGUGGAUUCGGUGGGGCUCUAUUUGUCUACCUGAACAGACUGAUUGUGGAGUGUAUGAGGAAGCAAAAGACCAUCAACAAGUUCCUGCUCAGGAAUUCAUCUCUUCCUGUCAGACGUUUGGUGUUUCCUGCCAUGGUCACUUUGAUCAUCUCAACCCUUACCUUUCCCCCUGGCUUUGGACAGUUCAUGGCUGGACAGCUAACGCAGCAUGAGUCCCUGGUGGCUUUGUUUGACAAUCGGACAUGGUGUCGCCAGGGCGUUGCCGAGGAGUUUGACUACAUCAGCCACUCCCAUGCCUGGAAACACCCCCAGAUCAAUGUCUUCAUCACACUCAUCCUCUUCAUUGUCAUGAAGUUCUGGAUGUCUGCUGUAGCUACCACUAUGCCUGUACCGUGCGGGGCUUUUAUGCCAGUUUUCCUCAUCGGUGCGGCGUUUGGUCGUCUGGUCGGAGAGACCAUGGCAGCCAUGUUCCCUGAUGGAAUACAUGCUGAUGGCAGUGUUUAUCCAAUAGUGCCCGGGGGCUACGCUGUAGUGGGUGCAGCAGCAUUGUCAGGGGCGGUGACUCACACGGUAUCGACGGCGGUCAUUGUGUUUGAGCUGACAGGCCAGAUCAGCCACAUCCUCCCAGUGAUGAUCGCUGUGAUCCUGGCCAAUGCUGUAGCUCAGUCCCUUCAGCCCUCGCUUUAUGACUCCAUUAUCAGGAUCAAGAAACUACCCUACCUCCCUGAACUGGGCAUGGGCCAUCAUGAAAAGUAUAAUAUACGCGUAGAAGACAUCAUGGUGAGAGAUGUACGUUUCAUCACACUAUCCUCCUCCUACCGAGACCUCCAAGAAGUGCUGAUGACUGGACAGCUCAAAACACUGGCCCUGGUAGAGUCCACAGACUCAAUGAUCCUAUUGGGAUCUAUUGAGCGCUCCCAGCUUCAAUCACUCCUCUCCCUACACCUGGGUCCAACGCGUCGGCUAGACCAUCUCCGGAGACAUGCCCAGGACAACGGCACUCACACACUGGGCAGCAUGGGCACCAUGGACAGUCCCCCUAGCCCGCCAUGCACACACACACACUCCAACGCCUCAAAUACCAAUGCACGCCACGGGGUCCGCUUCCUGGUGAGUGUAGCGGAGAUCUCAACAGAAGAGUCCUCCUUCAGCCCAGCUGUUGCCAACUCUCAGCCCCUGAAGUCGGCCAUGAAAACUGUCCCAACUAUUCACAAUUCCGAAACAGCAAACAGUAUGCACACUCUUUCGAUUGAUAGAAACACACCAACCCCCUCUCCUCUGUCUGGCUCUCAGCAAACCCUUUCCUGCGGUGACCCGGAGAGGGAGCUACUAGAGAGCCCGGAGACUUCUGAGAACAGAGGGCCCAAACGAGUCAGGAUCUCCAUGGCGGCGGAAUCCCCUGAAGUAGAGGAUGACAUGACCACAAAUGAAAUUGCGGAGUGGGAGGAGCAACAGUUGGACGAGCCAGUGGAUUUUAACAAUUGCAAGAUUGACCCAGCCCCCUUUCAGCUAGUGGAGCGAACCUCUCUACAUAAGACUCACACCAUCUUUUCCCUGUUGGGACUGGACCAUGCCUAUGUUACCAGUACUGGACGUCUAGUGGGAGUGGUUUCCCUCAGGGAGCUGCGUAAGGCCAUUGAAGGUUCUGUGACGGUGACAGGUGUCAAAGUGCGACCCCCACUUGCCAGUUUCCGUGACAGUGGCAACACCACAAGUGUUUCUGAGGUGACAGAGCUACACAAGCUUUGGAACCGGCAUAGAGGUCUCUCAUUACCACGGGAACCUACCCCUCCUGACAUGGAGGAUCAGUUGAGUGCUACAUAUGAAGAGAGCCCUAUCAAUUUCACACAGGACCAAUCAAAUUUGGAGUUUGAAACCAGCCCUGCUGACAAUACUGACCCGCCAUCAGAAUUGGUUCUUCAGGAAAGCCUCUCAAUAACGGAGGACCAGACAGAGGAGUUUAUCUUAGAGUGCAGUCCUACCCACACUGAUGAUUCAGAGCUGGCUUGUGAUUUUGACCCUGCCCACCUCCUUGAAAGUAACCGAUCAGAGCCGGUGAAAGAGAACGGAACUCCCUCCCAUGGAACAACAUCCCAGAACAUAGAGCAAAUGGAUCAAUCAGAACUGCAGUGUGAGCGAAGCCCCAUCCACACUGAGGACCAAUCAGAACGACAGAAGGAAUGACACGGUUAGGAGAUAUGCAUGUUGAGGUUUCUGAAAACUUAGAGGACACUCUCACCUCUAUCUCCAAGGUGGACAUGCUUGUGUGCGUACAUGUGUGGGAGUGAGCGAAUGUGUUGGUCUGAAAGGGCUCGUAUUUCUGUGUGAGUGAAUGUUUGGGUGUGUGUGUAUGUGCAUUUUGUGUUUGUUUGUAUGUGGGUUCAUGAAUGUGUGACCUGCCAGAACCUUGCCCAUGCACCCAUUUAGGGCUGACACUCAUCUCAGUUUGAUUCUAAGAGCCAAGCUACAGUUGACCCCAAAUUAUAGUUACAACUAUAAGUCAGACAGAGAAGGGGAGUGUGAAAAAAAGACAGAAGGACAGAAAACAAGACAGAGAAAGAGAAAAAAAUGAAACAGAAAGAGAGAAACAAAACUUUUCUUUUUUUUAUGAAAGGUUACAGGAUGGAGGUUGGUUGAGAUGGGACAGAAAAAGAACAAAGCUAAGAUGGA